GCGCGGCCGCCGCCAUUUUGUGAGGGGAGGCGGCGACGGCGCCGCGCGGGGCGGCGUGGCGUGGCGUUCCUCGCCCGCGGCGCGGGCGUGGGGGGAGGGGGAAAUGGCGGCGCUGCGCCCCGCAGCCCCGCGGCGCGGGCAGGAGGUCCGCGGGGGACCCGGAGCGAGCUGCGCUGCCUGGUGUCGCGCCGCCCGGGAGCCCCGCGGGCGAGGGUAGGCGGGCGGGGCGCCGCGGGGCCCGGCUUGUGGCGCUGCGGGCCUGCGCGGUGGCCGCCGGCGGGAGGCGGGUGUGCUGAAGUCCGCCGCAGCGCCGCCCGGGCGCUCUCGGCCCUCGCUGUGUUUUCAGAGAGAGACUUGGCAAAUGGGCCCUGUCGGUCUUUGCUCUCUGACGUCUAGACAAACAGAGCUGAAUCCUAAACAGAUCUCAGAGUUUACAGCUUUUUCAAAUCUGGGUGGACUUUCAAAGAGGCGACAAAAGUGUACAGAAGCAUGUUUUUACCGCGAUCUCUUAAAGUCAAGAGGAGUGCUGAUGAGGACGAAAGUACAGCUAAAAAAAAUAAGUUGUCUUCUGGAGAAUCUUUGUUAGAGGAGACCACAGAGGUCCAAGAUUGUAAGUCUGCCACAAAAGAAACUUCUGCUUCAGGGUGCAGUUUGAAUGAAGUUGCACAAGAAUGCAGAGAACCUGUAGCUAUUCCAUCAGAUCUUGGUGUUGCUAAUACAUCUUUGGGAAAGGACAACCAAAAUACUGAUGAAGACAGCUCUUUGGAAGAACCCAUAAAAUCCUUCAGCAAAUUGCAGCGCUGGGCAGAACCUGGGGAACCCAUAUGUGUUGUCUGUGGUCGUUACGGAGAGUAUAUCUGUGAUAAAACAGAUGAAGAUGUGUGUAGCUUGGAAUGCAAAGCCAAACACCUUUUACAAGCUCAAGAAAAGAAAAAAAAGCUAAAAUCUGACCAACUCAUGAAAGCAGAAUCUCAAGCAGAAACUCUCCUUGAUACAUCUUAUUCCUAUAAAGAUCACUCCUUUAUUUUAGGUUUGCAAGAUGAGCAGAUUAGGAACCUUAAAUUGCAGUUAGGUAUUGCUGUCCUGGGCCAGCAAGUUCCAAGACCUAUUAUUGAAUUUGAACACUGUGGUUUUCCUGAAACUUUAAACCAUAAUUUAAAGAAUUCUGGCUACGAAGUUCCAACUCCCAUCCAAAUGCAAAUGAUUCCUGUUGGACUACUGGGAAAGGAUAUUUUGGCUAGUGCGGACACUGGCUCGGGAAAAACAGCAGCCUUCCUGCUCCCAGUUAUUAUGAAGGUUUUAAAAGAGACUGAAACGCCAUCUGCACUUAUUUUAGCACCAACAAGAGAAUUAGCAAUUCAGAUAGAGAGACAAGCUAAAGAACUGAUGGCUGGUUUACCAAACAUGAGAACAGUCCUCCUGGUAGGAGGAUUACCACUGCCACCACAGCUUCACCGUCUCAAGCAAAGUGUUAAGGUUAUAAUAGCAACACCUGGAAGACUUCUAGAGAUUUUAAAGCAAAGUUCUGUUCAGCUCCAUGGCAUAAAAAUUGUAGUAGUGGAUGAAGUGGAUACCAUGUUAAAAAUGGGUUUCCAGCAGCAAGUGUUGGAUAUUUUGGAAGGUAUCUCUCAUGAUCAUCAAACCAUACUGGUGUCGGCCACGAUUCCAGUGGGCAUUGAACACUUAGCAAAUCAGCUUCUGCACGAUUUUAUAAGAAUAAUGGUUGGAGAAAAGAAUCUGCCAUGUUCUAAUGUUCGCCAAAUUAUCUUAUGGGUGGAAGAACCAUCUAAAAAGAAAAAACUGUUUGAAAUACUAAAUGAUAAGAAACUCUUCAAGCCUCCAGUGUUGGUAUUUGUGGACUGCAAACUAGGAGCAGAUCUGUUGAGUGAUGCUGUUCAUAAGAUUACAGGAUUGCAGUGUAUAUCCAUGCACUCUGAAAAGUCUCAGGUGGAAAGAACAGAAAUAUUACAGGGAUUACUUCAAGAGAAGUAUGAGGUUAUAGUAAGUACUGGAGUCCUUGGACGAGGACUUGACCUUGUCAAUGUGAAACUGGUAGUAAAUUUUGAUAUGCCUUCCAGUAUGGAUGAAUAUGUACAUCAGGUUGGAAGAGCAGGGAGGUUGGGUCACAGUGGAACUGCAAUUACUUUUAUCAAUAACAACAGCAAGAAGCUCUUUUGGGAUGUUGUGAAGAGAGUAAAACCAACAGGCACCAUUCUUCCUCCACAGCUGCUGAAUUCCCCAUAUCUUCAUGACCAAAAGAGAAGGGAACAACAGAGACUUAAACAAUUACAGAAUAGCCUUGUAACAGGAGACAAUAUUAUGGACAUUAUUAGAAAACAUGACAAAAAUAAUUCUCAGAGGUAGUAGAGGUGCAUUUAUCUUAGGUAAUUAUAAUGAAACUAUGAUUAGAAAAUAAACAUGGAAUUAGGGUG